AUGACUCGCACUGCUACCUACCUGUCGUUGGGCUUCCUGGCCACCUUUGCGCCUGGCGCGCUGGCGUCGUGUGCCUACGGAACCCACCUGCAUCGCAGGGCCGACGGCGAGAUCGAAGCCCCUACUUUUGGAUACAUCGGUGACCAGGGUCCGACCAACUGGCAUGCUCUGGACGCUGCCAACUCGGCCUGCGCCCAGGGUACCGAGCAGUCCCCCAUCAACAUGGUGGCCGACGCCUUCACCCUCCAGGCCGCCUCGGAGCUCAACAUCACCAUCCCCGACAUGGCCGACGGCGCCGAGUUCGAGAACCUCGGCACCACGGUCGAGGUCAUCGCCCAGGGCGGCACCAUGACGGCCGCAGGUGUCCAGUACACCCUCCAGCAGUUCCACUUCCACCUGCCCAGCGAGCACCUGGACGACGGCACCACCAUGGCCAUGGAGAUGCACAUGGUCUGGGAGAGCGCCGACGAGCAGAUCGCCGUCGUCGGCGUCUACAUCGACCUCGCCACCGGGACCGAGGAAGCUGUCGAGGAGGAAGCCCCCGCGACGGAGGAGCCCGAGGUCGAGGAGCCCGAGGCCGAGGCGCCCGCCGCCACCACCACGGCCGCCCCCGUCGGCGUGGCCCGGCCGGCCACGACGCUGACCCCCAAGACGGAGCCUACCGCCGCCGCUCGGGUCCGUCGUGGAGACCACAGGAAUGCCAGGAGGGAGAGGGCUCAGCGCGAGCAGGCCAAGCGCGAGCAGGCCAAGCGCGCCGACGUCAGGCGUCGCCAGGCCAAGGCCAAGGCCCAGCGGCGCCAGGCCGGGGCCGGAGGUGCUUCUGCCGUCGUCGAGACCGUCCUCGGCGUCGUCGACCAGAUCCCCAACCUGGGCGACACCGUCACCACCGACCCCCUCAUCAUGUCCGAGCUGGUCAACCUCAUCGGUGCUGCCGAUGUUCAGACGUACUCUGGCUCGUUGACAACUCCCCCCUGCAGCGAGAGUGUGAGCUGGUUCGUCUCCACGCAGAAGCUCUCGAUCCAGACGUCGACAUUCAUCAAGGCCAGGGACGUCAUCGGCUUCAACUCGCGCUUCCCUCAGAGCGCCCUCGGCACUCAGAAUGUCCUGGCUACGAGCGCCGCGGCGGUCGCCGCCGGAGCCGAAGCGGAGGCGGAAGACGAGGCCACAGACGAAGAUGAGGACUAG